UUUCUCCUCGCCCCUGAAAUUAGCCGCUUUUAUGUUCUUUAAUUUCAAAUAAAGUCAGAAUUUAUUUAUCCUUUUGAUUUUUUUUUUUUAAAGCGAUUAAUUUCAUAGUGAGGAAAACCUUUGUUAAAAUUCGAGUAGAGUUUGUCGUCCCCCUCGGCCGCCCCCACGUGUGCCCACGUGAUACGUGAUCGAUACUGCAAAUAUGGCGGCAUAUUUACGCCGGGCUGUCAAUUGAAGGCUCGCUCUGGAGAUGAGUUUUAAGAGGAUUGUCUAAAUAUCUCUGUAUUGUGCGUGGAAUUGAAUUCUAACGUGCGAUGAUAUCAACGAGGUACGUAUCGUUCCUCUCGGGAAUAGUGAUAGCCUCCUUAACAUGGGCGUUCAGCCUUUACCUGUACUCAAGACUGUCGCAAAAUGCCAAUAUCGCCGCCAGCCCCACGAUGUUCGCCCCUGCUGUUUCCCGUCGCGGCGAGAGCGUCGACAGGGAGAUUAUGCUGCGCGACAAUGUCAUCGUUGCGCGCGACGAGAAGCAAGUCUUAAUCGGUAGGGAAACCUACAACCUGAAGGGCAACAAGAUUCUCAGGAACAACGAUCUGCUCUUGCAUGCUGCUCCCGUGAAGCCUGCCGUCACGCAGGAUCAAGAUUUGGACGAACUGGGCAUGGUAAAGAAUUUGGAUGAUCAACGGAAGAGAGACGAGGGCUACAGAGACUACGCCUUCAAUGUUCUGAUAUCCGACAACCUUGGCGUGCAAAGGAAUAUACCGGACACGAGGCACAAGCUGUGCAAGGCUCAGCGAUAUCCCGUCAAUCUGCCGAACGCCAGUAUAGUCAUCUGCUUUUACAACGAGCACUACAUGACUCUGCUGCGAUCCCUGCACUCCGUACUCGAGAAAACGCCGGCGGCGCUUCUGCACGAGAUUAUUCUGGUGAACGAUUACAGCGACAGCGAGGCGUUGCACGAGAGGAUAAAAGUGUAUAUUAGAAACAAUUUCGACGACAGAGUACGAUUGUUCAAGACCGAGAGACGAGAGGGUUUGAUCCGGGCGCGGGUGUUCGGCGCUAAGAAAGCGACCGGCAAAGUUUUGAUCUUCCUGGACAGUCAUAUCGAAGUAAACGAAAUGUGGAUAGAACCGCUUCUUUCGAGGAUCGCCUAUUCGAAAAAUAUCGUACCGAUGCCGGUGAUCGAUAUUAUAAACGCAGACACGUUUCAGUACACCGGUAGUCCAUUGGUGAGAGGUGGCUUUAAUUGGGGUCUUCACUUUAAAUGGGACAAUUUACCAGUUGGAACGUUGAAGCAUGACGAAGAUUUUGUUAAGCCCAUCAAAUCACCCACCAUGGCUGGAGGAUUGUUUGCUAUCGAUAGAGAAUAUUUUACAAAAAUGGGAGAAUAUGACAUUGGGAUGGACGUUUGGGGCGGAGAGAAUCUUGAAAUAUCAUUCCGAAUAUGGAUGUGCGGUGGCAGUAUCGAGCUUAUUCCUUGCUCACGCGUCGGUCACGUAUUCAGAAGACGACGGCCAUACGGCUCGGACGACCCACAAGACACUAUGCUGAAGAACUCCUUGCGAGUCGCGCACGUAUGGAUGGACGAAUACAAAGAUUACUUUCUAAGGAAUACUAAGACAAUUGAUUAUGGCGAUGUCUCGGAGCGAUUGGCGUUGCGCCAGAGAUUAAAGUGCAAGACAUUCGGCUGGUACUUGAAGGUGGUUUACCCUGAAUUGACGCUGCCGGACGAUACGGAGAGGCGGCUGAAGGACAAAUGGGCGAAACUCGAUCAGAGACCGAUGCAACCGUGGCAUUCGAGGAAGAGGAAUUACACCGAUCAGUAUCAAAUCAGACUCGUGAACACCGCGCUCUGCGUCCAGAGUGAAAAGGACAUCAAGACUAAAGGCUCGAAACUCAUCUUGAUGCCGUGUUUGAGAAUUAAAUCACAGAUGUGGUACGAGACCGAUAAGAAUGAACUAGUGCUUGGCCAGAUGCUCUGCAUGGACGGAGCUGAGAAGAUUCCAAAGCUUGGAAAGUGUCAUGAGAUGGGUGGGAGCCAAGAUUGGCGGCACAAGCGCAUGAAUGGUACACCUAUCUACAACAUGGCAACGGGCACCUGCUUAGGAGCGACGCGCGAUGUAAGAAAUACCCCACUCGUCAUGGAGUUAUGCACGAGACCGAACGCCUCGCUGAUAACGUGGGAUCUCGUCCGGUCGAAGAUCCCGGCCAAAGAAGUCAGAUGACAUAGGAAGAAAGGUCGUAAAAAUAGGAAAAAGAAUUCCGAAGACUGGCUCGGCAGGAAAUGGUAGACUCUUCGAUAAAUUACGUAUUGCUCUCGAAAGAAUGAUUGCAACUAGAAGUAGAAUACUUUAUACAUGCGUCGAACUUUCGAACAAUUUUGCCAGAGAAUAAUGAGAUUAAAUUAAUUUAAACAGAGCUUUAAAAACAAUUGAAAGUAUCGUAAGUCGUAACUGUAUAGGAAAGGCUAUUGUAAAAAAAAUUUCUUAAUUUGUUGGAUCUGUGUAUAUACAAAUAUUAACUUUUUAUACUUUUCUCAUUUUGUACAGGUAAAAAUGUGCAUAAGUUUCUUAUUUAAAUUUGACAAAGGUUUUUAUAUAACUUUUAUUUAAGUUAUAACAAUGCUCUCUGUAUUAUAUUUUUGCAUAAUAUCGUAAGAACAAUUAAGGCCUAUUGGCAAAUACGUAGAGAUUCUAGUGGAGCCAUUAUUUAUAAAAAUGUAUUUGUAUAUAAUAUUUACAUUAAAAUUGAAAAUGCAACCGAAA